CUGAAUCCGAUGGACGAGAAUUUUCAGGAGUGCACCAGCAAUUUCAGCAACCCAUACCGACUGAUGGCUCCAAUCCCUGGCACACCAGAUUUGACGAAUGCGAGCAUUAAGAUUGAUCACGGCACCACCACUCUCGGGUUUGUGUACCAGGGUGGGAUUGUCCUAUGCGCGGACUCACGCUCAUCCAUUGGCAUAAACGUGAGCUCCCAAAAAAUCAACAAGAUCGUGCCGAUCAGCAAUCACAUUGUGGGCACUCUGGCUGGCGGUGCGGCUGACUGCAAAUACUGGUAUCGGGUGCUGGCGCGCGAGUGCCGCCUACACGAGCUGCGCUACAAGAGGCCGAUGUCCGUCAACGCUGCCGCCAAGAUGAUCUGCAACGUGUCUGACAUGCACCGCGGAACGGGCCUGAAUAUGGGCAUGCUGCUGGCUGGCUAUUCGCCAAAGGGUCCGUCCCUUGUCUACGUGGACUCUGACGGCAUGAACAUCAAUGGGAAGAAGUUUUCCGUGGGCAGUGGAGCGAGUAACGCACUGGGCAUCCUCGACCCGAUGUAUCGCUUUGACCUGACUGACGAGGAAGCCUUCGAUCUGGCCCUGCAGUCGCUUUACCAGGCCACCGUCUGUGACGUCUACACGGGAGGACUGGUGGUGCUGUAUCACGUCGGGCCAGUGGCCCAUAGAAUUGUCCGCGAAGUGGACUGUAUGGAGCUGCAUAAGAAGUACAGUCUGGAUGCUCUGAGCCACAUUGAUCCAUAGUAAUUUCAGUCGAGAUGUUACCUUUUUGUUUGUUUAAUUUUUUACCUACAACAAAUAAUUAAAAAAGAAUUUCGAAUGCGCUGAC